AUUUGUUUCUUGUGGGUUGUUCUCUCCAAGUCAUCAAGAACACGAGCUACUAAGCAGCCUGCCGAGUCUCGCGUAAAGUGGAACGCGAAAUCACGAGUUCAGAUUGCCACCUUGAAAGCUCAACUCAUUUCCAUGUCCUUUGAGAGACACUUUUGGCACAAUGACGAACAGAAGACAGACAAGAAACCAAAUUAGAGGCCCACACUCUGCACUUACCGAUUUCCUGGCUUCCAAUAACAUAUCCGCUACCCAAAUCCGAGAAGAUUAUCAAAGACGUUUGGGAGAGACCGAACAUCAAGCUGUUGGUGAAGAACCAUCGGGCUCUACGGAGAAUGACAAUGCUGAAGAGAAUGUUUGCGAGUCUCCGGAGCAGAAGAAGAAGCGUAAGCGAACGGAAGCUGUCAUUCUAGCAAAAAUCAAACAGAGCAAAGAAUUUGCACGCCGAAAGGCUCGGAGGAUAGGGGAUCCCAAUGAUGACGAUGAUUUAAUCGCAAGAGAGAUUUUGCAUCAGAGAUCUCGACCGAUUCCAGGUCAACUAGAGAACUGUGAGAUGUGUAGCAAGCGCUUCACGGUUACUCCGUAUAGCAAAACUGGUCCCAACGGGGGGCUCCUCUGUGCAAAGUGCUUCAGGAGCCUAGAGGGUGAUGAAAAGAAGUCUAAGGCUAAGAAACAUGGGCCAAGGACUGGUCGCAGACAGAACCAAAGCAAGUUACUCGACGGUGUUUCCCAGCAAGGUGCUUUGAGCUUAGUUGAAAUGUGUACGAAGAAAGUCGCCGAUAAUAUCAAUGAUGUCGAGGAAUUUGGGGACUUGCCUUCACCACUACUAUAUCGCCUUAGCCAAAUAUUAUCCAAAAGACGGAUCUUGACACCUAGGACCCUCAAUUUGUUUCUGCGACCUAACCUAGACUCUAUCAACAUUUAUGACUCCGCUAAACUUGAGACAGACGACUUCCAGAGGAUAUUUGCGUUCAUGCCUAGUCUUACGAAUGUCAACCUUCGCUUUGCUGGUCAAAUGAAAGAUAAGGUUAUCAGAUAUUUACUAGGACGCGAUCUUAAAAUCAAACGGUUGCAGUUGGAUGCUGCUAAUCUUGUAUCGGACUCAUACUGGCAACGGCUGUUCGGAAAGUUGGGCUCCCAGUUGGAAAGUUUGAAGCUGUCUAACCUUGACUUUUCCCUUGACGACGAAACUAUUGAGGUGCUGUGUAGACACUGCACGGAACUUCGUUGCCUGAAGCUGAAGCAAUGCUGGAAGGUGGGCGAUAGCUCCCUGCAAGCCCUCUCGUCCUUGACAUCACUAGAACAUUUAUCCCUAAACCUCGUUCGGGAGACAGAAAACAGUAGCCUUCUUGAUUUAGUUUUCAAGAUCGGUCCAAAACUACGGACGCUUUCUUUACAAGGCUUUCCCAAUGCGGACGACCUUUUUCUGGAGAUCAUCCAUGAGAAAUGCUGCGUUCUCUCAAAGCUUCGCUUAUCGGACAACAGUGUAUGCACCGACAAAGGGUUCGCUAGACUUUUCACAGAAUGGCCAAAUCCGCCCCUGGAAAUUGUUGACCUUUCCUCUACACGAGAUGUGGAUAACUCAAAUCCAGACGGCCCUGAAGAUACAGUUGGCCUCGCCUCUGAAGGCCUCAUUGCCCUAAUGAAUCACUCAGGCCCAGCAAUACGGAAACUAAAUAUAUCAUCUUGUCGUCACGUUUCGCGUGCUGCCUUCGAGGAAAUUUUUUCGGAUAACAAAAUCUACCCCAACCUGAAGGAACUGGACAUCUCCUUCCACACAGCCAUGGAUGAUUACCUAGUAGGUCGAAUUUUCAAAUGUUGUCCUGCAGUCAAGAAGCUGGUCGCUUUCGGAUGCUUCAAUGUGAGGGAUGUCCGCGUUCCUGUUGGUGUAGCGUUGAUCGGAGGAUUGAAAGCCCAAGACACCAUUAUUGUUGAGGGCAAGUCUUAACUUACGAAUGUUGGCAAAUGAAGCUAUGUCCCUUCAGUCUAGUUUGAUGGGGACUUCAAUUUUUCUUCUACUGUAACACAUGCUUAUUCAAUUGGGUGUUAUGGAGUGCACGCGCACAAACAAUGAGGAAGCCCUUCGUCUUGUUUACUUUCUUAUCUGGUUUUUGUUUUAAUGGCCAUGCUUCUGAACUCUUAACAUACUUACGGAGUACUUGCAUGUCAACUGUAGCCUGUUAACCGU